UUUAGUUUUACGCAUUUGUGUAGGAAACACAGGUCAGAAAAGAUUUUUGCAAAAUAAUACUGGUUUUGUGCUUGUGAAAGUGUUGAACGAUUGUUAAAAGGCUUUACGUACGAGUAGAAGUAAUAAAAAGUAAUGGGGCAAACCCUAUCAGAGCCGGUGACAGAGAAGCAGUCGGCCACAUGUCAGGACACGCGCUACCUGGUGGGCUCGUCAUGCAUGCAGGGCUGGCGGGUCACCAUGGAUGACUCUCACACACACAUCCUUUCACUGCCAGAUGACCCUGGGACUGCGUUCUUUGCUGUGUAUGAUGGACAUGGAGGAGCUAACAUAGCGGAGUAUGCUGGGAAACAUCUGCAUAAGUUCAUCACAGCACGUCCAGAGUACCAUCUCGGAAACGUCGAGGAGGCUCUCAAGCAGGGUUUCCUAGACAUGGACCAGGCGAUGCUGGAGCAGGACAUGCUGCAAGAGAAGGUGGCGGGCAGCACGGCGGUGGUGGUCCUCGUUAAAGACAACACCCUGUACUGUGCCAACGUCGGCGACUCCCGCGCCAUUGCUAGUGUAAGGGGCGCGGUGGAGGUGCUGUCAUUUGACCACAAACCGAACAAUGAGGAGGAGCUGCGCAGGAUAACGGCGGGAGGUGGCUGGGUGCAGCUGAACAGGGUUAAUGGCAACCUGGCGCUCUCCCGCGCACUUGGGGACUAUGUGUUUAAGAGGAACUACAGGCUUUCCCCUCAGGAACAGAUCGUUACUGCUUACCCAGACGUGCAAGUACGACAACUGAAUGAGGACUGGGAGUUUAUUGUGAUAGCGUGUGACGGCAUCUGGGAGGUUUUGACCAAUGAGGAGGUGAUAUCAUUUUGCCGCGUGCGCCUCAUAAGCGGCUGGGAGCCGGCGGCGGUCUGCGAAGCCCUGAUGCAGCGCUGUCUGGCCCCCAACUGCGCCACCGGCGGCCUCGGUUGCGACAACAUGACUGUGUUGCUGGUGUGCCUCGCGCCCUUUCCGCGCAACGCUGACCAGGAAUCCUCAGAAAUUCCUCAACAGCGGGAAUUAAGUAACGAGUUAAGUAACAAGUUGAUGACAAAUAUGGACGAUUUAUUAUACGUAGAGGAUGAUGAGGAGGACAUAAAGUGAACUGGGUAGAGUCGUAGUGUAAAUGUGUGUACAUAACUAGCUCGUAGGGUUUACUAGGUAAUCGUGAAGGAGUGACAGAAAAGUGGGGAAAUGUAAGUUCUUUUUUGUAUAUUUAUUUUCUGAACUGUAGAGCAAUAUUUAAAAACCACGGAAAGCCCAUUAGUUAAACAUUGGGAAUUCGAUUUUAAAAGGACAUGAAAAAUGUUUUUUUUAAGAGUGCUCUAACUUCAAAUCAUCGGCCUGCUAAAGUAAAGCUGUUAGAAAGCUGUGAGACUCAAAAGUGAAAAAUGUAUAUUAAAAAAAUCCUUUGAUCAUAAUUUGCUCUACAGUAAAAAUGUUAUUAGAAUCACAACUUGACCUAUGUUUUAAGGUAGAAGAAACGAAUAAGCUUUUCCGGCUAUUUAGUUGGACCAUAUUCAAAUUUGUUUCAACUAGCCACCAGGUGAAACAGGCUUACACCCGUAUUUUAAGGUGUUCACUCUACUCUUCCUCCACUCAAUUUUUCCUUCACUCGACUUUUCCUCCACUCGAUUCGGACUCAGUUGAGCAUUUUUGUAUUUUAAGUUGAAAUUGUCGUCUUCGACUUGAGGAUCUUACUCACUGGAGUCGAGCAUAUCAUACUGCAAACAAAAUAAUACGAAAAUAAUGACAGCAUACUUUAUAGUUUAUUUCAAAACUCGAGGUAAGGUUGAGGCGCUGUCUAAGAAUACCUUAAUAUCUAUGAUUUUAGCCGAGUUCGUGGAAGACCUUGAGGUCGCCUUAAUUGAAGACAGAGUCGAGAAAGGUUGAGUUAACAUCUUAGAAUAUACGUGUUAGUCUCAGUACGUCUGGUGUUACUACCAAUUCUAGCCAAUGGCGUCCUUUUUUCGUAAUAUGGUGGGGACCGUAGCAUAAAACUAUUACUCCAUUUCUCCAUGGAGUAACUAAAUGUAGCUAACCUUACAAGUUUACAUUACAUUUUGGAAAUAAGUGCCAUCUAGUGGUGGCGUGUCGUAUUGUUAACACUUUGUCAGGUAGGUAGUACAAAUGUUCGCCGGCGUUCUAUUAUUGCGAUGGACCCACUGGUUUUACGUAGUAAGUACUUAUAUUAGUUACUCCAUGGUGCCAGCUUAUAAAUUAAAGUUCCAAAAAGCUGACGGAAAGUUUCAUUUAAAUUUAUUCAUUCUACUCACAAAUGGAAACAUAUGAAUGUUAGUGUGACGUGUUUACGGUUUGUCCAGUCAAUUAUAUUUGUUAAUUUUAUACCAAAUUAAUAAAUGUUAGAUUAGAGACGUUUUGAAUUUGAUUUUUUUUAAAACAUUCUUUUUACAAAAUUUAAAAAAAAGUAUUGUUGUAUUCUUUGCUUUAGCAUGUUGUAUAAAAGCUAUUUUUGACAUGAAUGUUUUUGUUUUAUAAAAUUAUUAGUUAGAAAGUAAGAGACUAGUGGGAUUGAAACUGCAUUUUUAAAUAUUCCUUUUAAGGCGUUGGAAUUGAUUUUAACAUGCUUGGCUCCGUCCAAAUGGAUAGUCAAAAAAUUAUCUUUGUUUUGUAGCAUUUAAAAGAAGCAUAAUGAGCUAAGCCAAGGUAGAUACUUAGGUCGACAACACAUAAUUAGACUACGAAAAUCUCGCCAUUAUUAAAGCGGCCAUUUUGAUUAUAAUGUGUAAAUGAUAGUAAUCUUCAAGUAGGCUGCAUAGAGAGUAAUUCGUUGCCGUUUACGAAGAAAGUUUGUUGAAGAGAGGCCUGAAAACUGUCCCAGCAAGCCACAAGGCGCUGUCAACAUCUACCAUAUCAAAUCGAAAGUAUUAAAUACAUAAUCAAAAGGAAAUACUCUCAACAGCUUAAUUUUUAUGUGACUUGAAAAGUUUUAUUUAUUAUGGUUUAACGAAUUCUGCGUUCAUGAUAUCUUCAUCUUACUAUUUGGACGGAAUGGUGGGUACCUUUAGAAUAACUUCAAUAUUGAAUUUUAAAUCUAAUGUCUGUGUUCUUGCAAAAAUAUCGAUAGUUGUAUUUAUUGAUGGCAAAUACUUGUAUAUGGUUUUAUAUAGGACUUAGGACAUAUCGCAGAUAUUCAGAUUCUGGCAAACUCUAACUUAAUUUGAAUUUAGUUUGACGAUUCGGAAAGUAGCGCUAUCUCUUUCUUGACCGAUGGUUAGAGAGGGAUAGCUUUAAGAACUGUCAAAUUAAGUUAAGAUUAACACCCGUAUACUAAGUUCUCAGCUGAGCAUUUUGGUAUUUUAAGUUGACAUUGGUGCUAAUUCCUGUAAAUACCAUCUAAUUUUAUUUUAAGUUAUAUCUGUCAUUUUCUUAUCCGCCGAAAAGGAAAGGGACGGGUAAUCGACAAGCAUAAAAUUUAUGGAACACACGUCAAUUUUAAGCACAAAUCUAAACCAACCGUCUAAAAAUUUUACAUCCGUCAAUAACCCGACACAGUUAAGUAGACAGCACGUCAAACGGAAUGCAUACCAGCGACGUACCUUUUGAUUCGCCCGGGUUAUUCAUUCAUUUACUCAUUCUUCCUAAAAUUAAGAGCUGUGAAUCAUCCGUCCCUUUCCUUUUCGACGGAUACGAAAAUGACGGAUAUAACCUAAAAUAAAAUUAGGCGGUGUCUGCAGGAAUCGGGGCCAAUGUCUCUCGAGUUGAGGAUGUUACUCACUGGAGUCGAAUAUAUCUGCCAACAAUAUUAUAUGAAAUUAAUGACAUCAUGCCCUAUUGAAGUACACUCGAGUAAAGGUUAAGGCACCGUUUAAGAAUACCGAUUUUGAUCUGAGUUCUUGGAAGACCUUGAGGUCGCGUCAACUCAGGACGGAGCGAACAGUCAUGAGCAAUAUCAUGAACCCACUUUAGAACCCUGUCGCAAUAUCAUAUUCGGCAUUUAAUGAGGAUUACGGUUUAAUUUGUCAAAAAAGUUAAUGGGACAUGGCUGCAAAGUGCAUAUUAGUACUCGUGACCGAACAUCUUAGAAUACGGGUGGACCUAAGUUUGUGUCUGAAGGAAUAGUCACCAUUAUACUGCUUAAAUUAUUUAAGUAAAUACAUGCGUAAGCGAAAUGAUUGUACAUUUUAUAUUAAGAUGCCGUGGACAUUGUAUGUUUUCAGAUAUUUUUCUUAUAUUAUUUCUUAUAUUCGCCGUCUACAGUUUUGAGCUAGGAUGAAAUAUAUCUUUCAUUGUGUUCCUAUAGAUUAUUUACGAUGUUAAUUUAUACUUUGACAAGUUAUUAAAAGCGAACUAGGUUGUAGAUAUUUUAUUUAGCAGUCUUAAAACCCACAUGAAUCAUUAAUUUCCGCAAGUUUGCCAAAAACGAUUUUAAAAAAAGUUUUAUUCUACAACCUAUACCGGGAAAGUAAUAAUGCUGUAUUUGUAAAUAGGUUUUUGUGACUACGAGUGCUUUUUCAGUAGCCUGUAGCUUCCUUAUAUAAUCGGGGAAAUUAGACAAAUAUUAAGAUAAACGGAAAAAAGCAAAAAUUGGAAUGACGUCUUAAUGCAUAAGAAGGUAUAAAACUAGAUUAUGUUUUGUAUAUGUCAAUCUUUUUUCCCUGAUUGUACCUACUUUUGAUAUGACACGCAGAUAAAAUAAGAGUUAGGUACAUACAAUUGUAAACACUAUUAAAAAUUAUUUCGCAAACAUAAACAGAAUAUGAGGAACUUUCCAAUCGGCGUUGCCUAAAAUAACGUUAGAUGGCGUUGUUAAGUUUUUUCUUCGUUUAAAUUUCAAAUUUAAUGGGUAACAGACAUAUGCAUCUUUUAUCCUUGUUUUUGGGUAUAAAUUAUGACCUUUUUUAUUACACCAAGGUACAAUUACAACUUCCACCCAUUAUUAUUCUGAUCAAAAUAAAGAGAAGCAAUAUAGGUGGCAACAUCAUUCUAUACAUAAUGUAAUCCAACUAUCAAGCAACAAUUAGUUUUAUAUAUGCUUCUGCCAUUAUAUUACAUUUUUGAAUAAUUUUGUACCUACCCGAGCAAUGAGAAAAUAGGUAAUUAUCACGUUAAAAGUGAACAACGCCAUCUAUCGUGUGUUUGGGGAACGUCGAUUGGAAAGUCCUUCAUUAAUUUAAAUCGCCAAAUUAUUGACCAAUGACUAGCAACACCGAGUGUGUUGCCAUUUUAAACUUGUAAAAUUGUGCUGGUUUUAUGAAAUAGUUUUUGUCGUUAAUAUCUGCUGUGGGAGUGUACUGUAGUAUAAUGUAACAUAUCCGUUACACUAGUCAGUUGAUCAAGUAGUCUGCGUUACAGUACCUUAUAUUAACGAUGGAAUAAAGUUAUUUACGUUUUUAA